AAAUAAUGUAAAUGCGCAUAUAGGAUAGGCAAAAAAAAAAACAAUAAAAUUAAUCAAAUAUUUGAGUUAUUUCUUGAGCAUAAAUUUGGACGUAAAUAGACAAAUAGGAAUACAGAAACAUAAACAUAAACAAAAAUAGUGCUGAUCCUCUUGAAUUCUCUUAUUUGAACAUAAAACUUUAAAUUUGCCGCAGGAAAAUUUAAUUGCAUUUAAUAGAAAAUAACAAUGUUGUGGCAACUCUGAAUCAAACCAUUGAUUGAUCAUCGAAAUAUAACAUUUCAAGAAUUCUUAAAAAUUGUGUCGAAAUAAAUGAAUGAAGAAUAUUUUUAAAGUAAAAUUAAUGUUAAUAAUAAUUAAAAAAAAAAUUAAAGUAUCAUAGUAUAAUAUAAGAAGUAAUAGUGAACAAUUUAAAAUUAAUAUUUGAAGAACAAUUAUCACGUCAGAAUGUCUUCAUAUGAUAUAAGUGAUAUACCAUUAUAUAAAUUCUGUUAAAAAAUUUAAUUUAUUCUUUAACAUCAAUAUGAAAAUCUCUUAUUAUUAAAACAAAUCAAUUUGUUUGAUAAUUAAAAUAAUUAAUAUUAAUAUAAACAUUUUGAGAUUAAACAAAAAUGACAAUUGAUUUAUCAACAAUACCACUUGUUGCUUUAUCUAUUGAAUCUAUACAAGUUGUUUCAUCAUUAUUAAAUUCGCCAAAAAUUAUUCCUUGCGAAAAUAAUUUACCAAGAGAUUGGAGAGGUCUCGCUCAUUUAUGCGAAUUAGGCGGAGAAUUAAUGCCCUUACUUAUAUCACAUCCAGAUCCAACUGCAUAUAUUUUAACAUAUUGGAAAAAAAAACAAAAAAAUAUUACAAUUAAAGAUUUUCAAAAUUUGUUAGAAAAAAUUGAUAGAUGGGAUAUCCUAGAUGAUACAUUAAAGCUUUUUGUAAGAGAUGGUGAAAAAUAUUUAGAACAAUUACAAAAGUCUCAAACAUCAGCUGAAAAAAUUGAAAAUGACAUUGAGAUAGAAAUUCUUACUGUAGAUGAUUUCUAUAGGAAAGAGCAAGGACUAUCGAAACAAAAUUAUGAUGCAUUUAUAUUAUAUGCCGAUGAAGACAUUAAAUUUGCUAAUGAAAUGGUGGAUAAACUUGAGAAAGAAUAUAAUUUGAAGCUUUGUUUAAAAGAUCAAUUACUUGGUGGAAUUACAUUUGAACAUGAAGCAGUAAUGAAAUUAAUAUCAGAAAGAUGUAAUAGGCUAAUUAUUAUUAUAUCACCGAAUUUUCUUAAAAGUCCAGCAAAUAAAUUCUUUUUGAAUUAUGCUCAAGCAUUGGGCAUUGGAAAUCAACAAAGAAAGAUCAUACCAUGUUUAUAUGAAAGAUGUCAAUUACCACCUCAAUUACAAUUUAUGGUCAUAUUAGAUUAUAAUAAAUUGGUUUCAUAUAACUUCUGGGGAAAAUUAAGAGAUUCCGUACAAGUAUCAAAUAAAAUGAAAGAAAAUCUAAAUAUUUCUCCCAUAAAAAAUGACAGCAAUUUGAAUGUGAAUAAUGAUAAAAAUAAUGAAAAUGAUAAAGAUAAACAAAAUACAAGUAAUGUAGAAAGAAAGGUUGAAAUAGAAAAACUUCAAAUACAAAAUAAAAAACAAAUAUUUGAUACAAAGGAAAAUUCAAACCAAUUUGAAUUUGUCAGUAUAAAUAAUAAUUCAAAGAAUAAUAAAAAACACAAUCAUUUUUUACUAUGGUCUAAAAUGUGGUCUAAAAAAGGAGAAAAUAAUAAAAAAGAAGAUGCUUCAAUUACAAAAACAGUUAGUUUACCAUCUAUUGAAUCUUUGGAUACGUUAAAUUCAACAGAUUUAAUAGAAAAAAAGAAUAAAACAAGACUUAUUGAUAAAUAUAUAAAAAAGUGCAAUUUAUUAAGUUAAUACUUUUAAAAUACUUAUU